AGCUAUGUCAAUCCAUUUUAACAACCACUGCAGCGCAGGAUAGCCGCUCUAACUAACUCUCUGACCCCCCGUCUUCACCUCCCACUUGUAGAGUGACGUUGAAAGAGGGAUGGUACGUUCUUUAAAUAUGGAAAAGACAGGCUGAACAUAGACAGUUCGUGCGCUCCAAGAGUGGCACAGUACUUUAAUAAGAACGCAACGUGGAAGACUUUUUCAUAAUCGUUGUUAGAGAUCUGCCGCGUUAUGAGAGCCAGAGAAGUUCAUUUUGGUGUAGUUAAUAGUGUCUUUGAAAUAACUCUGAUACCAGAUAGAUAGCCCCUUAUUGUGGCAGACCCUCAUUUGCGUGUUAGAGAAAUUCCAGCGUAUAUUUUCAGUAGGCCUAAUUAAUGUAUUGCAUUGGUUGGAAGUUAAGAGAAUUGCUGCUCCAAACCUUAAACGUGUCGCUGAGCAAACAGAUCGGACAACCUUGAAGACUUGCUACUCGAGAGAAAGGAAGAAGACUUUUUAAAACGUGGACAAAAUGAGCAGUGACAAGACCAAGGUGGAGGAUGAGGCGGUGGUGGACAGAGGAGCUUCCUAUGUGAAACAUGUUUGUGAUGAAGAGGAGGUGGAAGGUCACCACACUGUGUAUAUUGGUGUUCAUGUGCCCAAGAGUUACCGCCGGCGACGACGUCACAGGAGACGGUCCAGUCACAAGGAGAAGCGCGACAGAGUGACGGAAAGCGUGAGUGACAAAUCAGAUGCAGAGAACACGGACGAGACGGCUCCCAUCCUCAAACCUCUCAUUUCGACAGCAGAGCGGAUCCGCUUCAUCCUGGGGGAGGAGGACGGUGGCCCCCCACCUCCUCAGCUCUUUACUGAGCUCGAUGAGCUGCUCGCUGUGGAUGGACAGGAAAUGGAGUGGAAGGAGACCGCUAGGUGGAUCAAGUUUGAGGAGAAGGUUGAGGCAGGCGGUGAGCGCUGGAGCAAGCCUCAUGUGGCCACUCUGUCGCUGCACAGUCUGUUUGAGCUCAAGACCUGCAUAGAGAAAGGCACCAUCAUCCUGGAUAUGGAGGCUGGCUCACUGCAGCAGGUGGUUGAGAUGAUAACCGACAGUCAGAUAGAGGGUGGUCUCCUUAAAGCCGAGCUCAAGGAGAAGGUCAUGUACACGUUGCUGCGAAAGCACCGGCACCAGACCAAGAAGUCCAACCUGCGGUCGCUAGCGGACAUCGGCAAAACUGUGUCCAGUGCAAGUAGGCUGUUUUCCCACCAGGAGAACGUACGUAGUCCCCUUGAACAACCAGUGCCUUACUUAACCACGUUGGAGCCAGAAGAGCACAUGCAGAUGCUGAGAAGCAACAGUAUGGGGCUGCUCUGUAGCCCAGCCACUGCACACCGUAACCUCACCUCAAGCAGCCUAAACGACCUGUCCGACAAGCCAGAGAAAGAGCAACUGCAGAACAAGUUCAUGAAGAAGCUUCCCCGUGAUGCAGAGGCGUCUAAUGUCCUGGUGGGAGAGGUGGACUUCUUGGAUGCUCCGUUCGUAGCGUUUGUGCGUCUGCAGCAUGCAGUCAUGCUGGGAGGUCUGACCGAAGUUCCUGUUCCUACCCGCUUCCUGUUUAUUCUCCUUGGACCAAAGGGCAAAGCCAAAUCCUACCAUGAGAUUGGGAGAGCUAUUGCCACUCUUAUGUCUGAUGAGGUCUUCCACGAUGUGGCCUACAAGGCCAAGGACCGGCAGGAUCUGCUGGCAGGCAUUGAAGAGUUCCUGGAUGAGGUCAUUGUCCUGCCACCUGGCGAGUGGGAUCCUGAUAUCAGGAUAGAGCCGCCCAAAUCAGUGCCCUCUGCUGACAAACGGAAGAACAUCCUGACUGGAGGAGAGGGGCUCCAGAUGAACGGAGAUACGCCCCACGACGGAGGGGCCGGUGGUGGGGGAGGGCAUCACAUCGGAGAUGAGCUCCUGCGCACAGGAAAGUUUUGCGGCGGCCUCGUCCUAGAUGUCAAGAGAAAGUUGCCAUUUUUUGCCAGCGAUUUUUAUGAUGCGCUCCACAUCCAAUCCUUGUCUACCAUCUUGUUCAUCUACCUGGGCACAGUGACCAAUGCCAUCACGUUUGGGGGACUGCUAGGAGAUGCUACGGAAAACAUGCAGGGAGUGUUGGAGAGUUUUGUUGGCACGGCGCUGUCAGGUGCGGUGUUCUGCCUGCUGGCCGGCCAGCCUCUCACCAUCCUGAGCAGCACCGGCCCGGUCCUCGUCUUUGAGCGUCUGCUGUUCAACUUUAGCAAAGACAACAGCUUUGACUAUCUGGAAUUCCGACUGUGGAUCGGCCUGUGGUCUGCCUUUCUGACCCUGGUUCUCGUUGCCACGGACGCCAGCUUCCUGGUCCAGUAUUUCACCCGCUUCACUGAGGAAGGCUUCUCUGCCCUCAUCAGCUUCAUCUUCAUCUAUGACGCCUUCAAGAAGAUGCUGAAGCUCGCCCACCACCAUCCCAUCGACGCUGACUACGACAUGGAAUUGAUCACCAGCUACUCCUGCCACUGUAUACCCCCUGAUGGGAACAGUACAGGAUGGAACAGUACAGGAUUACAGCAUGAAGUCUUGGACCCAUGGUUGGUGAACAGCACUGACCAGCGGCAUCUGAAUGCCACCUGGGAGUCUCUGACCAAGACGGAUUGUAAGCUUUAUGGGGGGCAGCUGGUAGGGUCGGCCUGUGGGUUCGUCCCCGACAUCACACUCAUGUCCUUCAUCCUGUUCCUGGGCACCUACGCCACCUCCAUGGGUCUGAAGAAGUUCAAAACCAGCAGGUUCUUCCCCACCAUGGUGCGUAAACUGAUUAGUGACUUCGCCAUCAUUCUGGCCAUUCUCAUCUUCUGUGGAGUCGAUGCCCUGGUCGGAGUGGACACGCCCAAACUCCUCGUGCCAAGUGAAUUUAAGCCCACGAACCCCAAUCGUGGCUGGUUCGUGCCCCCUUUUGGAGGGAACCCCUGGUGGGUAUACCUAGCUGCCAGUCUUCCUGCACUGCUUGUCACCAUCCUGCUGUUCAUGGACCAACAGAUCACAGCGGUCAUCGUCAACAGGAAGGAGCACAAACUUAAGAAAGGUGCAGGCUAUCACCUGGACUUGUUCUGGGUGGCUGUUCUUAUGAUUAUUUGCUCCUUCAUGGGGUUGCCGUGGUACGUGGCAGCCACGGUCAUCUCCAUCGCCCAUAUCGACUCACUCAAGAUGGAGACGGAGACCUCUGCCCCAGGAGAGGCACCCAAAUUCCUGGGCGUCAGGGAACAGAGAGUGACUGGCGUCGUUGUCUUCAUUCUGACUGGACUGUCUGUGUUCAUGGCCCCAAUCUUAAAGUUCAUCCCGAUGCCUGUGCUCUAUGGUGUUUUUCUCUACAUGGGAGUUGCAUCGCUUAAUGGUGUUCAGUUUAUGGACCGUCUGCAGCUGCUUCUCAUGCCAGCAAAGCACCAACCGGACCUAAUCUACCUGCGCCACGUCCCCCUGAGGCGCGUCCACCUGUUCACCUUCAUUCAAGUGCUCUGCCUGGCCCUGCUGUGGGUGCUCAAGUCUACCGUGGCGGCCAUUGUAUUCCCCGUCAUGAUCUUGGCUCUGGUGGCAGUGAGGAAGGCCAUGGACUAUCUCAUCUCCCAGCAUGACCUCAGCUACCUAGAUGAUGUCAUGCCUGAAAAAGACAAGAAGAAGAAGGAGGACGAGAAGAAAAAGAAGAAAAAGAAGGGAAGCAUUGACAGCCAGAUGAAUGAUUCUGACUUCCAUCACCAUGACACCAACAUCCCGAGUAUUAAAAUCUCCAUGGAUUUGAUGGAGCAGGAGGCCAUGUUGGGUGACGAGGCCUCAGACAGAAAUAAAUCCGCCUCUCUCCUCUCUCCCUAUUGAUGGAAUGCACUUUUUCCAGCCCAAGCCCACGUUCAGUCAGCUUGGAAACCCCUUCAAGAAAUCUGUGCCUCAGAUUAGGAUAGACCUGGAGCCAGAAGAGGAGUGCUAUUUCUGGAAAGCUCCAUCCUCUGAAACGUCUCUCUGAACCCACAGGCUGUCCUUCCAGACUUAUCUUACACAACCCUUCUGAAGCACUCUUUAAAGCAAUGCUCUUACAUAGUCUUGUUAGUACUGAAUGAGUUAGUGGAAUGCUCUAUAGCACUUGUAAUAGAGGGAAGAUGUAAUCAUUUGAAGCUUUAUUUCUGAAAGCAGUACUUCACCUUUAUACUAUGCAGAACAAAUGGGAAGGUAUCAAUGUGUGUAGCUCUUGAAAAAUCACUGUAGCAAGGUAUUUGUGUAACAUUACAAAUGCUAAUGUACACAUAGUACUGUAUGACUUUUAGUUUUUGAAAAUAAUUUUUGAUCGCUUGACCAAACCAACUAAUCAGAGUUAUGUGAAGGAGAUCAAAUCUGCGUUGAGGUCAGUAUUGGUCAUAAAGAACCAAAAACUAAGAUGUGAAUGUGAGGUUAAUUCAGCUGACUUUACUCAAACUUUAUCAUAUUUAUUUCAUUCUUUACUAUGCAAACUAUUCCUUUUGUGGAGCCAAAAUGGUGUGUGAGAAACAGUUCUACUGUUUGUAUAAAUUGUAUUGGAACCUUUCCUGUGUUUUGUAGCACUACCUCUAAUAAUCUUGACUUUUAGGUGCCAGCCAUUCAAAGUCUGAAGACAAACAUGUAUUUAAGCAACCAUGUAUGCAUCUUCAGUUGAUAUGAUCUGGGUUUUUCUUGAUUGUUUUUAAAACAUGGGCUCAGUACUGGAUGUUUCCUGUUUUUUAAGAUUCUCUCUAAGUCACCACGGAUGCAAUAAACUAUUUAAGAGAUUAUUUGUAGAGAGAAAACUCUGUGACCCUGAGGUAUCAUAUAUUGUUGAGACAUCAAGACCUGAUUUUUUUUUUUUUGUCUACCGACUUUGGAGUUUUUAAUGACAAUCAUUUUAUUAUUGUCUGUGGGGAAUAUUUUUAAUAUACUAUUUUUUAAGAAGUGAUUUAGAUACAGUAUUGUCUUUUUUACUUGCAUAACUCAUUGGUUAUUGACUGCAAGGUUGUGAAGCACAGUGGAGGUUGUCGAUAUGUUAUUUGCUGCAAGUAUUGAUGUGGUGUAGGUUAUGGGAUGCACUCCCCAGCCAAGGGUGGCGAUCACUGAUCAGCAUACAUUAACUACCAUGUUGGUCCUCGGGCAGGUUGUUUUAGUCACAAUCAGAAAGUCACUCAAAUCUACUUGUUCAUUGUGAUCCACAUUUGUACAAGUUGAUGUCAACCAUACAGGAUCCAGCGUGCCUUUUAGGGCACAUCCCUAGUCCACUCAACUAAACUAGGCCUGUCAUCCAAAUGAAUAUAUUUGUUUGGCAUUUAUGAGGUGUGAAUAUUCACAAGAUUAGAAUUGACUUUUGAUUCAUGUUCCGGAACUUUGCUCAACAUUAUUCUGCAAUAUUUUUUUCACUGAAAUCUACCCUUCCAUUUUUCAUCUGUUAGUAGCUGUAUUUUUGUGCAAUUUAUCUCUGUCUGCCUACUGUAUUUUUACCUUAUCACCACUUCAUGACAAUGACUGUAUUCUAAUUAAAAUGAAUGAAUCAAAAAGCCCAUUGCUGAGUUCAAGAAUCAAGUGCAGUAAUUCACAACAGCAUUGUGCACAAAACGUAAUCAAACCAGAUGAACACAAUAAUCAAGAUGUGAUGUCUCAAUCAGUUUUGUAGCAUCUUUGAAGGAAUAUACAUCUCUGAUCAAAGGGUUUUUAUUGCCAUUCAUAUAUUACCUUGAGAUGUAUGUGAGAAAUAAAGUGACUGAUGAAAUGAAA